UGCAACUUUGAACAGAAAAAAACAAAAAACAAAAAACAAAAAAAGACCAAAAGCAUUUCUACUUGGAACCCAAAUCUCUUUCCCAAUUGACUUGCGAUUGCCCUCGGCCUCUUGCCCUUCUCCGCUUUUUGGCUCUUGACUUUGGCGCUUCGCAUCAUGACUCGCGGCAACCAGAGAGAGAAAGAUCGGGAAAGAGCUCAGGCUCGCGGCAAGGGUAGCAAGAACAAGGACGAUGGCUUGACCCCAGAACAGCGCCGAGAGAGGGAUGCGAAAGCGCUCCAAGAAAAGCAGGCGAAGAAGGCCGCGGGGGCAGCGCCGGGAGGGAAUUCCUCCGGAGGUAAAAGUACGAAAUAAGAGAAUGAAUGGCAUUGUCUAAUUUGGGGAUGUUGUCUUAACUUUGGCUUGAUUAAUAGCUGUUGAGAUUUCAUAGUUUAAAUUUGUGGUGUAUUGAAUAAUUGAUGUUGGAAAAUAUGUCAUUGUGAGUUUGUUGUAUACUUGACUUAGAAAUAUAUGAAGUGAGCCAAUUUCAUGUACCA